CAAACAAAAAGGAACCUGAAUUCCUAAAUAGAGUCUGAGAGUUAGUCAAAAACAGAAACCCACAAAGAACCACCAUUUUUAGGACUAGAAAAAAGAAAAACAUACGCGUGCUCAUUAAGCCAAAUUCUUCUUCAAACCCUUUGUAGAUCUUCACACAGUCACACAGUGACCUUCUUCAGAUCUACACCCUCAGCUCCAUCUCACACAUUGCCUUAUUUUCUGGGUGUAACCAAAAAAAUUCAAGAAUUCAACAUUCCCAUUUUUAUUUUGCUAUUUACAACAACCCCCUUUUUUUUUCAGAUCUAUUAAAAAAGAUUAAUAAUAAUAUAUAGUUAUAGUAGUAGAUAGUACUAGACACGUUAACAAUGCAAUCGGGAAAUGCCACGUUAGUUCCGGAGAAAAUGCACGGCGGUGGUGGAGGAGAGGCGGUGGCACCACCGCCACAUCAGCAGCAGUGGUUUAUGGGUGAUGAGCGGGAUGGGUUUAUAUCAUGGUUAAGAGGUGAAUUUGCAGCAGCAAAUGCUAUAAUUGAUGCUUUGUGUCAUCAUUUAAGGUUAGUAGGUGAGCAGCCAGGUGAAUAUGAUGGUGUAAUUGGAUGUGUACAACAAAGGAGAGGGAAUUGGAGCACUGUGUUGCAUAUGCAGCAGUACUUUUCAGUAGCUGAAGUGAUCUAUGCAUUGCAUCAGGUUGAGUGGAGGAAGCAACAAAAAGGGGGUUUUAAUAAUAAGAGGAAUGGUGGGGGGUCUAGAGGAGGAGGAGGAGGGGGUUGGAGAAGUGAGGGUCAUAAUAUUUCUAUGGAUGCUAAUAGUAAAGAGUUUUAUAGUAAAUCAAACGGGGUCGAAAAGAUUGAUGAUAUAGAAAAAGAAAUAGAUGUGAAGCCAGGGGAGAAGAAAGAAUUGGUUGGAAAUCCAGAAGGAAAUAGCUCAACGAAGAGUUCAGUUUGCAUAGAAGCUGCUCACUCACAAAGUGAAACAGACAAAACUGAUCAUAAACGUGAUUCAAAGUCUGAUGGGUCUUGUAAUGUGGAGAAUGAAUCCCAAUCCAGCCAAUUACCAAACGAGAAGCAGAAUGUUACAGUUGUACCAAAAACUUUUGUUGCUACAGAGAUAUGCGAUGGGAAACCGGUUAAUGUUGUUGAUGGCAUGAAACUGUACGAGGAACUGCUAAGCAGUUCAGAAGUUUCAAAACUUGUUACUUUGGUAAAUGAUUUGAGAGCUUCUGGGAGAAGAGGACAGCUUUCUGGUUUACCAUUCAAGCACAUCUGGAUAUUAGAUUCUUCGCAGACAUUUAUAAUCUCAAAGAGACCGAUGAAGGGGCACGGAAGGGAGAUGAUCCAGUUGGGCUUACCCGUUGCAGAUGCACCCCCUGAAGAUGAAGCUGCCUUUGCAACAUUUAAAGAGCGGAAAAUGGAAGUAAUUCCUGGCUUGUUCCAAGAUGCUAUUGAACGAUUGAGUGCUAUGCAAGUUUUAACUGCAAAGCCAGAUGCUUGCACUAUUGACAUCUUCAAUGAGGGAGACCACUCACAACCUCAUAUGUGGCCUUAUUGGUACGGGCGGCCUGUAGCUAUGUUGUUCUUGACAGAAUGUGAAAUGACUUUCGGUAAGAUGAUUGGUGUGGACCAUCCUGGCGAUUAUCGAGGCUCUCUCAAACUUUCUUUUGCACCAGGAUCCGUACUUGCAAUGCAGGGAAGAUCAUCCGAUUUUGCUAGACAUGCUAUUCCAUCCAUCCGUAAGCAGCGUAUACUUGUGACCUUUACAAAGGUGCAGCCAAGAAGAUUCAAGUCUGGUGAUAGUCAGCGUUUCUCUUCAUCAGCAGGAGGUCCUGCCCCCCAGUGGGUCCCCCCUCUUAGCAGGUCACCAAAUCAUAUCCGUCAUCCUUUUGGGCCCAAGCAUUAUGGUUCCAUGCCAACAACCGGCGUAUUACCUGUUCCAGCUGUUCGUUCACAGUUAGCUCCUCCAAAUGGUAUCCAGCCAAUUUUUGUUCCCGCUGCGGUUGCACCACCUAUGGCUUUUCCUGCACCAGUUGCUCUUCCACCUGCCUCAGGUGGAUGGCCAGCACCCCCUCCUAGGCAUCCCGCACCACGACUUCCACUCCCUGGCACUGGCGUUUUCCUUCCUCCAGGCUCUGGAGCUUCAGCCACUGGCAACAAUCCUGCUGAAAAUCCAGCUUCCUCAGAAAAGGACAAUGCAGGUGCUUCUCUGAAAGAUAACAUGGAUAGUGAAGUACAAACACAAGAGUGCAACGGAAAGAUAGAUGAUAGUGGUGCAGAGAAAGCAGUGGCUGAUGAAGAACAACACUAACUGCUGAUUUCAGCAGCUCGUAAACCAGUUGAAGCAGUGCAGGAACCAGAACAGAAAAAGGGUGACUGUUUUGUCGGAGGGAAAGUUUUAGGUUAGAAACUGCAGUGAGUUUUGAAGCCAAAUGUAAAGAGCGGCCAUUCACACAUCCAGUAGAGCAAAGGAAGGGAGUUAUCUGUUCUCCAUGAUCCCCUUUGCUUGCUCUUCCUUUUUGUUGUCUUAUCAAACAUAAAUAUAUAUCUCUUAUAUUAAAUGAGGAACUUAGUUACAAAACUAUAUUAUAGCUCCACAGAAAAUUUUAACUCAUUGAAUAGAAGUAAUGAGGAUUUCUUUCUGUCAGCUGCUGCCCUGUUCUCCUAUAUGAAAUCAGCAAACUUGUAUGCUUAAAAUAUUUAUACUAAAAUGAACUUGGACAUUUUCUUUUA